AGGGGCGUGUGGUUCACCGUUUACUGUUUGUUUACAGGAGCCAUCGCAUCUGAUGCUGUCUGCUCUACAAAUUACUGGAAUGUUAUGACGUGGUGCAGCGCACUCAACUGAUUGAAAUUUAUGCUCUGUUCUCCGAGUUACGAUAUGAAGAAGGACAAUGAAAAUGAUCCUACUACACCAUCAAAGACAUCAUGGAUUCAAUCUUUUUUCAUUGCACUACAAGUGCUUAGUAUAAUUUUUUGUUUUGCUGCAAUAGUAUUGCAGAUCUUAAGGCAACAAUAUCAUUUAGGUCAUCAUUUAGUUCAUGAUACUAAUCAUGUCUCAAGCGAUGCAGUGCAGCAUCCAGGUGAAGAGCUCCGCAUUCUUUUGGUUGGAAAAACAGGGGUGGGGAAAAGCGCAACAGGCAACACUAUCCUCGGCAGGAAGUUGUUUACAUCUGAGAUAUCAUCCGCUUCUGUGACUGCACAGUGUGAAACAUUUCAUGCAAUGGUGAAUGGGAGAAAAAUAUCUGUCAUCGACUCUCCGGGUUUGUUUGACACCAGCUUGAGUGAAGAUGAGGUGAUUGACAGAAUCAAACUCUGUAUUCCUCUCUCUGCUCCUGGUCCACAUGUGUUCUUAGUUGUGAUUCAGUUGGGCAGAUUCACAGAUGAAGAGGCAGAUGCAGUUAAAAUCAUCCAAGAAAUUUUUGGUAAAGAGGCCUCCACAUACACCAUGGCCCUGUUCACUCAUGGAGAUCGACUGGAAGGCGAAAACAUUCACACGUUUGUGCGUAAAAAUGCAAAACUGGUCAGUUUCAUCAAAACCUGCAGUGGACGAUACCAUGUGUUUAACAACAAAGACAAGAAUCCAGAUCAGGUCAUUCAGUUGUUGGACCAGAUUGAUAAAUUGGUUACUGGAAACGGUGGGCAGCAUUACACCAGUGAGAUGCUUGAGAGGGCAGAGAAAGCAAUUGAAGAAGAAAAACAACGUAUCCUGAAAGAAAGAGAGGAGCAGAGACUCAAGGAGAUAGAAGCAAUGAGGGCAAAAGUUAGAGCUGAGGAGUUUGAAAAAAAUAUAUAAUAAAUGACUGCUAUGAAGAGGAGGCAAGACGAACUGCUGAGAGAAGCACCCAUUAUAAGAAAAUAUUUUUUUUGUGGGUCAAGAUCUAAAAUAUUUUAUAAAAGACCAUUAUUAAUUAACUGCAAAAUGUAUGUUUUGAAAUAAGAGUUAAACAGUAGGGACAACAAGCAUGUUUUUUGAAAAAAAAUUAUAACAUCAAAGCAACAGAAAAGGGGACAUCUAGUGUUGCAAGAGGAGUACGGAUGUCCACAUGGAUUUGAAUAUGUCUACGUUGGUAAUCAAAAGUUAAUUAAAAAUUUAAUUAAUGCAACUGUAGAGUAACCCCCCAUUCAGACGGCCAGCAACAAAGCAAGGCAACGUCAUUUAUUUCAAUGGAGCCUGCGACUUCCCACUCAAAGUUACUGGUUUCAACAAAAGCUAGACCACUACCUGUUGAGAGAAAGAGAGAGAGUUAGGAGUUUUUUUUAUUUGUCGGUCAAGUAUUCACAGAAGAGAUUAGUUUUAAGUAGUUUUUUGAAUGUUGUGAGAGAUGUGGUUGACCGGACCGAGUUAGGAAGAAGCAUUAUUUAUGUUUGUAAUGCAACUGCUUGUAAAUGUAUAUAUUUUUAUAUUGCAUACACAAUACUUAAUGUGCAUAAUGUUCUCUUAAUAUGCAUAUAUGUUGUUAUUUAAUAUU